AUGAAGGAACUGCUCGACACGGAUCGGGUCAACUUUCUUGUCUGGAGAUAUCUGCUCGAAUCAAAUUAUCGAGAGACGGCCGCCAAGCUGCAAAAGGAGUGGAGGGUCCACCAGCCUCACAGGCAAUUCGACUUCGCCCCCCAUGUCAACCAUUACGCACUGGUGUCCCUCUUGAACAAGGGCCUUAUUUACGAAGACUACCAAAGACAAUUUGCCGCGCAAAAGGCAUCCCGUGAUGCGCCGGCAACCGCCGAGGUUACGGCACGCGGUGUGUUCGGGCCGCUGAAAUUCCAGCCUGACGUGGACGAGGAUGAAGAAGACGACGAUGAGUCGGUACCCGAUGCUGAAGCCGAGGCCGAGGAGCUCGAUAAUCCGCGGAAGCGCGCGGUUGAACGGAUGCACGAUUUGUCGCAUGGGUCUCCCACCAAAAGACAGCGGCUCAGCAACGGCUACGAAAAUGGAGCCGAUUCAGCCACCACACCAAUGGAAAUCGAUCAGCACCACCAUCACCACCCGGAAACUAAUAAUCACGCCUACCCAUCGCCGCUGGAGGGCGAGCAAGCCGAAUCACCCUUGUUGCGUACUGAAGGCCCGUCGCGCGGCACCCAGGUCGACAAGGUGCGCGACCUCACCCAAGACACGGUAUUCCUGCGACUGGGUGCCGACGACUCGUCAGAGGCUAGCGAAAAUCCUAUCGUGCUCCUCUGCGAGUGGAACCCGAACCCUAAGCUUGGCUUCAUCUUGGCGACUGCCGGGACCGAUGCACUAGCCCGCAUUUGGACGUUGCCCCAUGAAAAUGCGACUGUGCCUGGUCACGUGGAUUCCUCGAGCCGGUCGUUUGUCAGCAUCGCCGAGGAGGACCUGCCCAAGAAUGCCACUGUCUCGGCCAUGGCGUGGAACUCGACCGGAGAUCUCAUUGCGCUCGGCACCGAACUUGGCAGCAAGUCGCGUGUGAGCAUUCGGUCUGUGGAUGGAAGAAGCCUCCACCGCUUCGACGGCCUCGACUCCCCCGUCACCAACCUGUGCUGGAGCCCCAACAACAACUUCCUUCUCGCAAUCAGCCCUGAUAUGAGCAAUGGCCCUGGGAGUAGUGGUACCCUGCUUCACAUAUCGUCACCGUCGAUGGUGAAUUCGAUGUCCCACUCCCUUAACCACGACCUCCGUGCCGACAGCCUCGAUGCAGCUUGGAUCAGCGAGAGCGAGUUCAUUUUGUGCGGGGGGAACUUAUUGGCAACUUUUCGUUGUACAGAGCAGGGUAUUGUCCAGGGCAGGGAGUUCCAGACCGGAAAGGACGAGCGCUUUGCGCUGGUCCAAUUUGAUUGGCGGUCCAAGUUGGUUGCCACCGGUAGCGAUAAGGGGUAUAUUGACAUUUGGGAUGAAAGCGGUAGGCGCCGCUCGAUUCCCGCUCAUGACGGAGGCAUCACCAGCCUCCGAUGGCAACCGUUGCAAGAGGAACCUGCCGAAGACGAGAGAUUGCUUGUAUCGGGGGGCGAAGACGGCGCCGUCUUGAUUUGGAAUGUCCGCAGUGCCGAAAACAAGCCGAAAUAUUCCAUCACAAUGCCGCCCCCACUCGCAGUCAACAGCCUCUCGAUGAGUCCUGAUGGCGUAUUUAUAGCCGUUGCGACACAUGACAGGAUUCUGGUUUGGAAGGUUGGCGACCACGCAAUGCCGAAAGCAAGCUGGGUGCCACAGCCCGGCUGGCAGAGUCCCUCUUCCGGUACCGAUACAGAAGACGCGAUACCAUGCUUGGGGUGGGAUUCCGAGGGCGGGCGAUUGGUGUAUGGACUGGAAAAUAGACUUGCAGUCAUCUCUUUCCGCUGA